AUGGAUAACGUCGAUGAAAUGAAGAUUGUCGCAGGGGAUGUAGCAGGAGAGGAAAAGAGACAGAAUGGGAUGAGUCAAGUGGAUGGGAUUAAACUUCCUCGGGUGUCGAUUCAGUUUUGUACGCAGUGUAAAUGGAUGUUGAGGGCGGCUUAUUUUGCACAAGAACUCCUCUCAACCUUCGGAACAGAUAUCGGUGAAGUCGCUCUUCAACCUAGUACCGGUGGUACAUUUAUUGUCGAAUUAUUUACAGAUGCAAACGCGAAUAAGACUGCUACUAGUAAUGUAGAAAGAGAAGCUGAAAAGAACGUGGAUGAAGUAAAGGAAGUUAAGGUAUUGAAACAUACGCUUUGGGAUCGGAAGAAUGAGGGCGGAUUUCCUGAAACGAAAGAAUUGAAAAAGAGACUCAGGAAUAUCAUUGAUCCGUCAAGAGAUUUGGGUCAUGUUGAUGGAAAGAAAUCAACAACAUCAACGGCCACUCCUUCUGUCUCCAACCCAGCGCCUACCAACUCACUCCCAUCUUCAGCACAGCAAGAUUCCGCACCAACAGCGAUCAAAGCAUCUACCUCAAGCCAAGCUAACACCGUAUCUCAACCGCCAGCUGCCAGCCCCGCCACUACUUCCGAGUUGAUUGAAGCGAAGCCAAAAGAGGUAAAGGAGAAGAAGCAAGAAGAAGAGAAAGUAACUUUAAAUGAGAGAGGUAAAAUUGUAAUUACGGGGUUGGAAGGAGAGGGCGGAUUUGGGGUAUGUAGACCUGGAGAUGAGGAGUGUGGUGGAUUUUAA